UUUAAGCAAGAAAAUUAAGUUAGAAUUUAUCGUGAAAUACAUUAUAAUUUCGAACAUUAUAUUGUGAUGGGAAUUUUAUUGUAAUUGAAAUUAUAUACGAAUGUUAAAUUAUAAUAGAGAAAUAUACGAACCUUGAACAUUUGAAUAUAAAAAUUUAUUAUAUGAGAACUAGCAAUUAUCAUAUUGACUCACUCCUACUGUCACUCUAGAAAUUGGCCAAGUGUAACCACUUCCUAAAGCGUAGUAUAGCGGGUUUGGGUUUUAAUGUCAACUCGGGUCCUAGAUUUUAUGACUACUCAACGAAUUCGUAUUAUCUAGCGGUAAAACUUAGGUGCAGGUUCAAACAAACAAAAAUACAAAGCAAUUUAAACGGUUGUUUCAAGUCGAGAGAGGUCACCCGGAUAUGGUUCCCCCUAGACUGCAGUUAAGCUGGAUUGCAAUUUACCAAGUUCAAUUUCUAUGAUAGUUAUACUGCGGAAGGUUCUUAAACAGUCUGAAGUCUCGACUAAAGGUCUCCAGACCCUCUCAAUCUGAGUCUCUAGCGGGCGACUAACCUCCACCAGAGUAAACAGAUUGAGGCCCUAACGAACAAAACGUCCACUACCGAAGUAAAUUCGGUACAGAAUAGUGAAUUGGUUCCUCGACUAAAGUCGUCAAUUCACUACCUUCAAUUAAGGGUGCUCUAUCAACCUAGGCAGAUAUUCUCAUUCUAGGUUAAAGCAGAAACAACAGGAAUUUGAUAAGGAUUCAUGCCAUUCAAUCAUUCAAAUCUCAAUUGAAUAUAAUCAAAUCAUAGAAUCUGUACUUGGGUUCAUACAAUCAAACCUAACAUACAAAUCUAGGGUUUCCCAUACCCAGAUGAAUGGGAGAACUACUCCAUGGAGAAAGAAGCAAAAGCAGAUUCAGAUGCGGAAACCAUACUGUGAAGGAUGGAUUUAUGCUCCUGGGCGUUGAUCGGUACUCCUCCAAGCUCAAGCCAAGCUCCAAUGGCGAUGAAGAUCAAGCUAGGGCACUUGGGAACUCUUGUUCGUCGCUUUCUCUCUCUAGGAAUCGUUCUGUCUCUCUAAAACUCGAAUCCCCUUCUCUUUUGGCUGAAAUCUGCCUAAAAGGGCAUCACUGGGCAAAACACGGUCGAGGGCACGGCCGUGUUUUUCUCCAGCCCGCCCGUGCCCUUGCCACGUGGUAAAUACACGGCCAGACUUUGGGGAAAACACGGGCAUGCUUUUUGAUGGACACGGCCGUGUUUUGGGUCAGUCCCGCCCGUGUUUUGAGCUAGUGUUUGACAGUCUUGGAUCAAGCCUCGGCAAUAAAAACACGGUCCAGGAACACGACCGUGCUUUGAUUUAGGCGUGCCCGUGUUUUGGCUCCAGCUCGACCGAAUGACUUCUGAAUGCCCCGAAACUCGUGUUUAGCUUUCCUUCGACGUCUGGGACCUGAAAUAUGACAAAGUAGCACAACCCGACGUAAAAUAGGCCAAAAAUACACGACUAUGCCCCACGAACGGAUAAGAACUAGGGGUGCAAAUAUGUGCAAUUCCAUCGUUAUCAAAUUCCCCCACAAUUAACCGUUUGCUUGUCCCCAAGCAAACCAAGUCAGACACCAGGUAAGCUCAAAACGUUUCAAUCAAGCAGGCUUUAGGGCAUAUCAUAUUGGCACAAAACACAUGGAUCAUACUAGCUUUCGAUCAUUAACACAUGGACAACCUCAAUGACAACCUAGACAACUACCACAGAUGACAUUCGAAUGCAGUAAAGUCGAGCAAAGGAAGAGUCUCCCUUCUGUUCACCAACCAACAUAGACUUGACUCAACCACAUAUUCGAGACAGUCACUUCAUGCACAAGGCUCAAGAUAUAAGAAUUAAGACCGAGCAAUCUAGGUCCUCACCGGGAUAAAGAGUAUAGAGAAUAUGAGAAAAUGAACCGCUCACUCUCGACCAGUGGGUUCAGGACAAUUUGAUGCGAAAAAUGCGCAUGCUUAUUCUCUCAAUCCCUAACGUCUCUUCACCAUGAAUGCAGCCUCUAAAUGCUAGAGUUCACAUAUGGGGUUGUCACCACUAACUAAUCCGGAGGUCUUAGACACAGGUUCAGAUGACUGGCUAGGGUCUUGGACAUGGGGAAAAGGCCUUUUAGGUGGUGGAAGUAUUCAUAGCACAAGGUUCCAUGUUUCCAAACCCAACAAACUCACAGUCAAUCAAACCAAUAACUUUUUUCUGCUAUUCUGCAUUACUCAAAUUCUUCAGAGCACAAGAGCGAAGGAGGUCACAUAAAUGCUAGUAUUUCUAAGCCAGACUGCUAAGAAACACUACUUAAUGGG